AUGUUCAGAUCAUUAGUCAGAAAAACAACACCCUUGCUUGCAUUUGGAGUAGGAAUAGCAGCAUUUCCCAAAGAUUGGAGAAAAGGUCAGUUUGGUGAUAAAAAGUUGUUGGUCAUCAAUGAUUCAGUUCUAGAGCAAAUUCGGUCAUCUGAGAGAUACAAGCAAUUGGUCAAUGACCCUAAUCUUAAACAUUACAAUUCAAGUCAUGCUUUCCCAGAUCAGCAUCAUAAAAAUUACGUAAACACUGGACUUUUGUUUGGACCUGAUUUGAUGGAAAUAGACCCGAUAGUAUUUCUUGAUGAAAAGAAGGGGGAGUUGACCAGUUUUUAUCAUUUGGGGGAUAAGCUUAUUAGCCAAGAUGGACAAAUCCACAAUGGAAUCGUGUCCACAAUUUUGGAUGAAGGAUUGUGUUCUGCAGGAUUCCCAUUAUUGCCAUCGAAGAAAGGCGUUACUGCCAGUUUACUGAUUGAUUUCAAAAACCAAGCACCACCACAAAGUACUGUAGUGCUACAUGCAAAGGUAAAGGAGGCCAAGGGUAGAAAAGUUGUCAUUGAAGGUUACUUGGAAACUUUGCCAUUGAAUAAAUCAGAGUCACCAUUGUUAAUUGCUGAGUCCAAGUGUGUGCUUGUUGAACCAAAAUGGUUCAAGUACUUUGCUUGGUUGCAAGUCUAG